AUGGGGACUAUUGGAGUACAGGUUGCCUCCAACUAUACUUGUGACUACCUAGUGGGAGACGAGGAUACAUUGCUGUCACUUCUAGCGUAUCAUGGACCAGUGGCGGUGGCAGUAAAUGCUCUCAGUUGGCAAUACUACCUGGGUGGGGUGAUUCAGUUUCACUGUGAUGGCAGUCCACAGAAUCUCAACCAUGCAGUGCAGAUCAUCGGCUACGAUCUGACAGCCCCCAUACCUCACUACAUUGUACGCAACUCAUGGGGCACGACCUACGGUGACAAUGGCUAUUUGUACCUGGCUGUCGGCUCCAACAUUUGUGGUCUUGCUACUGAAGUCACAGGCCUAGAUGUUGUCUAGGUGCCAGUCAAACUCAACAGAUCUCCCAGCCAUGCUAGUACAGUCUUCUCACAUGACAACUAUAUACUAGUUAGAUAUUAUACAGUCAUGAAUUUACAAAUAAGUGACCUUAACAUUAAUUGUAUGUGCCUUCGAUUGUAGAUCACAAAGAAGUAGGAAUAUGAUUGUCAUUGUUGGGUUGUGAUAUUCAGUCAACAUUGAGGUCUGUCACUUUCAUGUGAAGAAAAGCUGUGUAAGUUGUGUUGUUAUCUAUUUCAGAUUUAUAAUUUUUCAUAUAGCAUUAUCAAAUGUAAAGUAGAAGUGAGUUCGAGCUCAAAAAACGUGACAAGUUUAUAUGGCUUUUUUUAAUUGUUUUAAUGUUGUUUUAAGUAGUAUAUUAAGUUUAUUCCAAAUGUUUAUUAUAUUUACUCUGAUUACUUUCUCAAGUAACUGGAUGUUUUUUCUAAAAGCUUUAAAUGUUAAAUGUUAUAUUUUUUCUGCAUCAUUCAUAAAUUGAGGAAAAGAUAUUUUAGUUCUUUGUUUUAAUAUUUAUAAUUGAUUGCAUUUCAUUUUUAAAUAAGCUAUACCAACUUGUAACUACAUGAAUUAUUAUAAUGCUUUUGCAACCGAUAUUCAUAUAAA